AGACGCUGUACGCGGCCUCCAGGGGAGAGACAUAUUGGCGUAACAUCAAUAAUCAAGCUGUACGAGGUUGUUUGUGAGGGUUUUCUUAUCAAGCCAUUUCAUGAGAUUGAUCACCGUAACCUUCAUCCUGGAACAUUAAAGGGGACGAUGCAAGUACAUUUCGAGAAGACUGGACCCGGGUUGCUGCAGCAGGCAUUCAGUUUCUGUUCAGAGCACCCCUGCUUCUGAGCAGAAAAGAUACUGUAUCUCUUAUAUACAGUAGUAGGUACUUCAAUAAAUCAAGUUGCACUGUAAAAGACUAGGUCAAGCUUGUGUCUCUUGUGCUGAGGUGCUGGGAGUUGUAACUCGUACAGAUAAGCUUUUUAUGUUUCCUACAAUUAGAUCUUGUGCACGUGGGACUUCCACCCCUGCCGAUAAUUACAUGUUGGCAAGACGCAGGACACUGCAGGUGGUGGUCAGUUCUCUGCUUACAGAAGCUGGAUUUGAUAGUGCAGAGAAAGCAGCUGUAGAAAGUUUAACUGAAAUGCUACAGAGCUAUCUGUCAGAGAUUGGACGAAGUGCAAAGUCAUACUGUGAACACACUGCACGGACACAGCCCACAUUGCCAGACAUUGUGGUGACUCUGAUAGAAAUGGGGUUUAAUGUAGACAGUUUGCCUGCCUAUGCCAAGCGGUCCCAGCGGAUGGUGAUAACAGCACCUCCUGUAACAAACAAUCCUGUGGUUCCUAAAGCUCUGAGUGCAGGAGAUAACAAGCCACACCCUGCUCACAUUCCAAGUCAUUUUCCAGAGUUUCCAGAUCCUCAUACCUACAUUAAAACACCGACUUAUCGUGAACCAGUGUGUGAUUACCAGGUCUUGCGUGAGAAGGCAGCAUCACAGCGUAGAGAUGUGGAAAGGGCCCUCACUCGAUUUAUGGCUAAAACAGGCGAGACACAGAGCUUGUUCAAAGAUGACACAAGCACUUUUCCAUUGAUUGCAGCGCGUCCACUCUCAAUACCUUAUCUGAAUGCCCUCCUACCAUCAGAACUGGAACUGCAGCAGGUAGAUGAGACUGAUUCCUCGGAGCAAGAUGAUCAGACGGACACAGAGAAUCUGUCUCUGCAUCUGCAAGGGGAUGAAGUGGGGAUGGAGAAAGAAAAUGCAUCUGUAUUACAGCAGAAUUCAAUGAAGGGUGGAGAGGAAACACUUAUAGAUAAUCCCUAUCUGCGACCCGUGAAAAAACCUAAAUUAAGGCGUAAGAAAUAGAACUACAAACCCUGAGAUUCUUUAUGGAAGCUGCAGAAUAUUGAAUCGGAGUGACUCCAUUUGCCAGAGCUUGAAUUAGGAUGCUGCUCUUGAAGAUGGUUGCUCUGUUGGUUAAAAGUUAUACUAACCUUUAAAAUAAGAGUUUUAUAUGGGCUACUUUAGUUUGUCUUGACAGGCAAUGUUUGAACCUUACAAGGAUCCUUAAAUACUGGAAAACAUAUCCUUUAAUUUCAUGCCCUGUUUUGAUGACACUGUCCAUCAUGAGCUGUUUCAUAAUAAAAAUAGAUUUUUGAAAAUAUAAA